AUUCCCUUGGUAGAAUAAUGGAUCAACAAAACAGAGAAAUAACAACACGUGGGACAUUAAAGGGCAUGCAUGGCUGACAAAUGGCAACCAACGUUCUGCAAUGGAGAAGCUCAGCAAUAUGGGAAGUGUUGCCAAAAAGAAGCUCAAAAUUUGUAGAGCCAAACUCAACGAGAAGGUGCAGAAAGCGUCGGCAAAGACGGCGGAGGAGAGAAAGAUUGUGGAGGAGAGGAGGAAGGCGGCGGAGGCGGAGACGAAGCGGGAGCUACACGAGGCGAAAGCUCGACAUGCUGCUCAAAAGCUAAGAACUAGGCAGUCACAUGUACUUGGCCACCGUUUACACCAUCAGCCACCGGUGGAGGAGGGCAGCGCCGCCAAUGUUCCGGCUUAUCCUAUAGCUAGCCCGGAGGGCUACUACCCUGGACAUAGAAUUUAACCUUUCUAGAACUUAUUGAUGUAAUUAUUGCAUUAUUGGGUGAUUAAGAAUAUGUACUAUUAUGAGUUACUACGUAUUAUGUUAAAGAUGAUCGGUAUUAUGAGAUC